GGCGUGGCGGGCGCGCGCGCGCGGGAGGGUGUCCCCUGCCGCCCUGUGCAGCCCUGGAGGGGCCCCGCGGGCUUUGCUCCGCGUUGGCUCGGAGUGAAAGGGGGGCUGGGUUCUCUUCCCAGCUUCUGGCAGGGAUGGGCUCUGGUGGGCUAGAAUCGGGGGGGGGGGCGGGACUCCGGGGUUCUCUUCCCAGCUCUGCUUCUGAGCUGCUGGGUGGGUGAGUCCCUUCCUCGUUCAGCAUUGCAGUUUAUCCCAUCGGAAAUAAAGAGGUUAAUGAGACUAACUUCCACUGGCUCUCCCUAAAGCCCCUUGAGAUGGGACAUCUCUCAUUCCGUACCCCCAGCAGCGUCUCCUGAGGGAAGAAGAGACACAAUCCUCACAUUGACAUUGUGCUGUGACAAUCUAGGGAUCUUCAAGGUGGGGGAGUAUGGCUAAGUGGUACGGGACAAGCCAAUUCCAGUGCUCUUGGUCUGACAAAGGAACGGAUGUUGCUGGCCUCAGUACAUGAAGUGUUUGGGUCGUGCCCCCUGCCUUUCCCACUGUGUUGUGUGGGGAAGGGUCCCAGUAUGGAAGUGGCCGAGUGCAGCUGACCUAGGACAAGUUUAAAAGACGCAGUGGGUGAUCUGGAGUUUAUACCCUGUUGGCAUGGCUGUGUUUCUAACUGGGCUGUACAGAUAAUUUAGUGCGCUCUGCUCUCUGUCCACGGUGAGCCAUGAUUUUUCUUUAAUAGGAAAGUCGAAGCAGCAUCUUUGUGGGGCAUGAACAGCAAGCAGCCUGCCAAGCACUGCCACGCGGAUCCUCAGCUGGGUUUCCAGGUGGUCUUUACAUUAGUGUUGCUCCUUCCAAGCCCUUGAUUGCUCAUCCUGCAUUUGGAUACCCGUCCUGCAUUGUGUUCACUUCCCCGGAAGCCCACAAACAGGUUCCACUCCUCCACAGGCCAGCGAGCGAUGUCAGACCAGGAUGAUGGUGACGUGGGGAAGGGAGGGGCCUUCUCGGCCGAGCACCUGGCCGCUGAGUCCAUGGCAGCCGACAUGGAUCCCUGGGUGGUGUUUGAUGCGCGAAAGACCCCACGGGCCGAGUUCGAGGAGUGGCUGCAGACCUACCAGCCCUCGCGGGUGUCUCGUUUUGGGGACCCUGAGUGUUGCACUGAGCCUGUGGGCUGGAUUGCCAUCUACGGUCCAAACUACUGUCCAGAGUCAGGUGAUGUGGUGGGGCUGCAGGAGGCCUGGGAGCGGCUCCAGAUCAGUGGGCGCCAUGUCACCUUCGACACUAUCCGCGAACUGGCGCUCAACCACUGCGUCCUCACCGGCAAGUGGCUGAUGCACCUGGACACCGGCUUCAAGGUGGACCAUGCCUGGAGUGGCAUUGCCCGCUCAGUGUUGGAGGGGCGCUUUGGGGUGGCUAAAGUCAGCCCCUGCUACCCCAACUCGGAUCGCAAGCAUGUCAUCUGCAUCUACACAGAUGACUUCACCAAUGAGGAGAAGGUGAUGGAUGCGGAUGCUGCCAUCCGGGGCACUGGCAUCAAGUGCCUGCUCUCCUACAAGCCUGAUGUCUACACCUACCUAGGCAUCUACCGGGACAAUCGCUGGCACCUCUGCCCCACCAUCUACGAGAGCAAGUUUGACCUAGAGUGCAUCCCCCGCCGCUCCCGCAUCAUCAACAAAGUCAGCAACACUGAGGUGACUUAGACUGGACCCCGCUCCCCAUCUAGCAGUUCCUCCUUUCCCCUUUCCAAUAUGGGCAGUUGGCACCAAUGCCUCCCAACUGUGCUCUGAAACUAACUGCAUUUUGAUUGGUCUGUUUGGUGUGGCCUGCACUUAGUCUCUCUCUUUCAAAGGACAGGUGCUCUGCUAAUAACUGCAGCUAGCUGAGAUCCUUAAGUAAAUAGGGAGGAGCAUUGGCUGCUGGGAGAUGGAGUCUCUGCUGGUCACACCUCUGUUAAAGAUGACAGUGGACUAUCUUGCAGGAUUCUCAGCCACAUUUGGUACACUUGUGCAUGAUGCAGCACUGGCUAUGCCGCUAGGUGUCUCUCUACUAAUGAGGUUCUCCCUUUUUCCCUGGAAAGCCACCUCUGCUCCUCUGAGCUGCAGUUGCUUGGAUAGAAGACUCAGGAGGUUCUUGUCAUCAGCUGGCACUGUCCCUUUAAAUUCCUAAAGCCCAUGGGGUUUGCUGGUGCCACUCUGCAUGCUUAACUCCUUCAUGGUCUGUGUGCUACCAUAUAGCUGAGGGCUAGGGCUGUGGGUUCAACUCACCACAACCACCUUCCGGUGCCGCUUGUAUGUUGAAAGCACCACGGCUCCCACCAGCCUGUCCUUUAGGAAAGCCUUUUCCCUGAGACACAGAGCUCACUUAGUAGAGGAGGCAAUCCUGAGCUCUGCUCAUACAGCAGCAGCUGGGUGAUGUUUCCAACUGCCUUCUCACUAACUAGUUCUCUCUCUAGCCAUUGCAGUCCCUCAUUGGUGGGGAAAAAGCAGCCACAUGAAAGAAGCCACAGUCAGGUCUGUGCAGGGCCCAUUAAGGUGCCUGAGGGUGACAGGAGUAAGGCCAUGGCUCUUGGAAAACAGGAGGAAGUAGUAAGUGUCCCACUGCCACCCACACUAAGUAUUGUAGAUCCUUCACUGGGCCUGUUCCCCAUACAGCUCUCAGAACGUAGUAUCUGUGCACACACAUCUCUGGCUCUUCCUGCCCUGGAAAAGGGCUCUGUGUGAAGUCCCCUGAACAAAGCAGAUUGUUUCUGUUAACCCCCCUUUUGGGGACAUCUAACAACCAAAGGGGGUGUAGAUACAGCACUGGAGCCCCUCUGCCUGCUUUAGGAGCUAUGAAUAGCUGCUGUCUCCUUGCCCAGAGGCCUGCUCUGCUCUAUGGAAAGGUUGUCUUUAAAAGGCCUCUCCUGGGGCCUUGAGCAUGUUGAAUCCUGAACCUCUUUGGUGGGGAAGGGGAAGAUGGAAGGAACCUUGGGGCUCCUGGGGAUGACAGUGGAGCAAGGGAUUGCUGAGGGGUUUGGGUCUUUCUUGCAGGAUGUUUCUCCUAGCUGUUCAAGGGGUGUUUGAGCUGUAAACAGGAUUAAUAAAAACAACUCUCCACUGAA